AUGUCCACUGUAUUUGGGCACAGUUUCUUUGGACCGGUUCUGUGGUCUCCAACUCCUCAGAUGGCUGACCCGCUCUCUGUGUUGGGCUUAUCCCUUUCGGACGUCGUCCAGCGGUUCUGGGAAAUUGAGAAGCCACCACACGCGUCUCGAGUCAACUCUCUGGACCGUGAGUGCGAGAUGUUCUACCAGAACAAUACCUGCCGUCGUGUCGACGGUCGUUUUGUCACUCGCUUACCCUUUCUUGACUCACGGCUCCCUUUGAGCCAAUCUCGUACCCUGGCCGAAAAGAGGUUGCUUUCCAUGGAGCGCCGUGUGCGGCGCGACCCAGCCUUUCGCGACAAAUAUGUCGAGUUCAUGCGCGAGUAUCAAGAGCUGGGUCACAUGUCACCGCCCAACUUCAACUGGCGGUCAUAG